AUGAGGGCCCACAGCCUCCUUCUCCUGGUGGCCCUCCUGGCUUUGGGGAGCCAGCUGCCUGCUACCUUGGGCAGGAGGAAGGGAGAGAAAUCUGGGGGCUGCCCACCAGACGACGGGCCCUGCAUCCUAUCGGUGCCUGAUCAGUGUGUGGAUGACAGCCAUUGUCCCUCGAGGAUGAAGUGCUGCCACAAAGCAUGCUUCCGCCAGUGUGUCCGUAAGGUUUUCGUUAAGAUGGGCAGCUGCCCCGAGGACCGACUGCGCUGCCUCAGCCCCGUGCAGCACCUGUGCUCCAAAGACUGGGACUGCCCAGGCCACAAACGGUGCUGCCUCAGUGCCUGCGGCCGGGACUGCAGAAACCCUCUCUGA